GCCGUCGCUGGGCGGUGCCUGAGCGCGUCGCGUUCCUUGCGUGUCGCGUUCCGCCGGAAGUGACGGCGUUGGCAGCGGUACGCGGUGGCGGGCGAUGACACGUUCUGGGUGAACUGAUCUCCGCUUUGGAUUUUCUCGUUGCUGCUGCGUUCAGAGUCUCGUAUAAAUAGCAGAAGUGGAGAUGAAGAGCAGGGUGACACAAAUAAACCAUGGCUCCAGUCAUGAAAGGAAAGAAAAAUACAGUCCACGGCACAGAAGUUUGACUCCAGAGGACAGGGAUGUAGAGCGUGACAGGUCUCCAUCUCCCAGAAGAAGAAGAUAUUCUGAUGACAGCAGAUAUGAUCAAGAAUAUUCAAGAAGGGAGUAUUACGAUGACAGAUCUUCAGAAAGAAGGAUGGAGAGAGGGAGAGACAGAUACUAUGAAAAGUGGGAAGAAAGAGAUUAUGAUCGAAGGAGGAAGAGAAGACUCUCUUCCCCUGAUCAUAGGAGUCCAGAGAGGUCAACAGUUCAGGGCUCAAAUACUCAUGAAGAGGCCACUUCAAAGAAGAAGAAAGAAGAAGUGGAUCCAAUCCUUACUCGCACAGGUGGUGCAUAUAUUCCACCUGCCAAGCUCAGAAUGAUGCAAGAACAAAUUACUGAUAAAAAUAGCUUGGCAUAUCAGAGGAUGAGUUGGGAAGCCUUGAAGAAGUCCAUCAAUGGUCUCGUCAAUAAAGUAAACGUUUCUAAUAUAGAAAACAUUAUUCAUGAGCUGCUUCAGGAGAAUAUUGUUCGAGGAAGGGGAUUGCUGUCUAGAUCCAUUUUGCAAGCUCAGGGUGCCUCUCCAAUUUUUACCCAUGUUUAUGCGGCUCUUGUGGCAAUUAUUAAUUCAAAGUUUCCAAAUAUUGGUGAAUUGAUUCUCAAGAGGUUGAUAUUAAAUUUUCGCAAAGGAUAUCGCAGAAAUGAUAAGCAACUCUGUCUAACGUCUUCGAAGUUUGUUGCGCAUUUGAUGAAUCAGAAUGUGGCCCAUGAGGUUUUAUGUUUGGAAAUGCUCACCUUGCUUCUUGAAAGGCCUACUGAUGACAGUAUUGAAGUAGCAAUUGGAUUUCUUAAGGAGAGUGGGCUCAAGCUAACAGAAGUUUCUCCUAGAGGUAUUAAUGCAAUCUUUGACCGUCUUCGACACAUUCUCCAUGAGUCUAAAAUUGACAUGCGUGUUCAGUACAUGAUAGAAGUCAUGUUUGCUGUACGGAAGGAUGGCUUCAAGGAUCAUCCAAUCAUUCCAGAGGGAUUAGAUCUAGUGGAAGAGGAAGAUCAAUUUACUCAUAUGUUGCCUUUAGAAGAUGAAUACAACCCAGAGGAUGUUCUUAAUGUUUUCAAGAUGGAUCCCAACUUUAUGGAAAAUGAAGAAAAAUACAAAGCACUCAAGAAAGAAAUUCUUGAUGAAGGUGACAGUGAGUCUGAACCAGAUCAGGAGGCUGGAAGUAGUGAUGAAGAGGAAGAUGAAGAUGAAGAGGAGGAUGAAGAUGGCCAGAAAGUUACUGUCCAUGACAAGACAGAAAUCAACCUGGUUUCCUUCCGUCGUACCAUUUAUCUUGCUAUUCAGUCGAGCUUAGACUUUGAAGAAUGUGCUCACAAAUUGCUGAAGAUGGACUUUCCUGAAAGUCAAACAAAAGAACUCUGCAACAUGAUACUUGACUGCUGCGCUCAGCAAAGAACAUACGAGAAAUUCUUUGGGUUACUGGCAGGGCGUUUCUGCAUGUUGAAAAAAGAAUAUAUGGAAUCCUUUGAAGCUAUUUUCAAGGAACAGUAUGAUACCAUUCAUCGUUUGGAAACAAACAAAUUAAGGAAUGUUGCCAAGAUGUUUGCUCAUCUGCUGUACACUGAUUCCAUUCCCUGGAGUGUUCUGGAGUGUAUAAUACUGAGUGAAGAAACAACCACAUCCUCCAGUAGGAUUUUUGUCAAAAUAUUCUUUCAGGAGCUUAGUGAAUAUAUGGGACUUCCAAAUUUAAAUGCAAGAUUAAAGGACAUAACAUUGCAGCCUUUCUUUGAGGGAUUACUGCCUCGGGAUAACCCAAGAAACACUCGCUUUGCCAUCAAUUUCUUCACUUCCAUUGGCCUUGGAGGACUUACAGAUGAAUUACGGGAGCAUCUGAAAAAUGCACCAAAGAUGAUAAUGACUCAGAAACAAGAUGUUGAAUCAUCAGAUUCAUCUUCAUCUUCAGAAACAGACUCUUCUUCAGAUUCUGAUUCUGACAGCAGUAGCAGUAGCUCAGAGUCAUCCAGCAGCAGUGACUCUUCAUCUAGCAGUAGCGACAGCAGUGACUCAGAUGCUUCCAAAGCUAAAAGAAGGAGAACACAAAAGAAAAAUAGAGAAUCUGAUAAAGCUUCCCGGAAAAAACAAGAAAGGAAAAGGAAAUCUCUUGAGAAGAAAGUGGGAAGGAGACGGCAAGAGGACAGAAGUGAUAGUGAGAGCAAGUUAGAAAGAAAUCACCAAAAUAUGAGAGAAGCACACAGGAGGGAUGACGCAUCAAAAUAUCAUCACAGAGAUGAGUCUAAUGGCAGAGACGAUUACGAAGCACAUAGGAGAGAUGACGUAUCAAAAUACCACCACAGGGAUGAGUCUAAUGGCAGAGAUGAUUACCAUAGUGGAAGGGAUAGGAACCACGAGAGAAGUAAGGAUCUAGAAAAUAAACACAGCAAUUCAAAACUGAAGAAAGCAGAAAGAAGAGCUUCUUUUUCUGAUGAUGAAAGUUAUAGACAUGGGAGCAGAGAUAAUGGACAUCGGAGUAGAAAAAGAGAAAGAUCUAGGUCUGGAGAGAGAUCCUAUAACAAGUCAAGUCCAAGGGAGGAGGAAGAAGACCACCGAUACAGAAAUGGCUCAGAGAGACUCAGAGAGAAGUACAACCAUUACUCUGACCAGUACAGGGAAUCAAGAAAAUAUGAGGAUAGACGAAGGGAGAAUUCCCCACACAGACGAAAAUAAUACCUAAACAGUUUGAAAUAAAUGGGCAUUUCUGGGCUGAUAAAACUGUAUUUUAAAAAAGUGACUAAACUUUCUUUAAAAAAGAUUUUGUACAAAGUGGUAGUUUGCAUUUGUAAAUUUUAUCAGACUUUUUCAGAUUUUCAGUACUGCUUUUUUAUAACUGUUGCUUUAAGUCUUUCUGUUAAACUCAUCCUCUGGGAAGAUGAAGUUGUUUAUUUUGUGAAUAAAACAGUUAAGAUCUCAGUGAAAUGGGUGUUUUUGUCACUUAAUUUCAAGUAUUUGUAACUUUAUAGUAUUAAAAAGUUGGGCUUUAACUUGGGCUAAUUGCAGAUCAGAAAUGCUGAAGCUAACGUAAGGAUCUCAGAUUAUAUAUAGGUGAUGCAUUAGAAGGCUUUUUAAAUGGAGUUACAUCAGCAUGAGCACUACAUGCGUUCUACAGUUAUACAUUCUUUCAUCUUCAUAAAACUUCAUCUUCAAACUUACAUGGGAGUAAGUUUGACCAAAUUUUUUCAGGAAAACCUUUGUUUAUUUUUUCAAGAGUUAAAAAUUGGAAAAGCAGUUUUAUUAUUUUAAAUGUCACUUUUGAAAAUGUGUCAACUUGUUCUGUGUUACUUUUCACAGUGUUUUUUAAUGUUAUAACAUCCUAAGCUUGAGAUCUACACUUGUGAUCUUACAGAGAGGAAAAAAUUUUUUUGGCUGUGAAUCUGAUUUAAAGUCAUGUGUAGACUUCAGGUGUAGCUCCAAGGGAAAUGUUUAAGGAAUGUCCUUCCUGGUAUACUUUAAAAAAAAAAAAAAAAAAAAGUGAAACAGAAGACUUCAAAUCUUCUUCACUUUGAACUGUGUGGCUUGAAAGGCUUGAGCUUACUGGAAGCAAAGUUUUACCAAAAACAAACAAAAAAACCCAGCAGUUUAUAAUAAUAGAAGUAGUUCUAUCUAGAGUCAUUUGAAGAACUAGCUCAACAUUCAUUGUUUGACUUAUGAAUCAGAAUUGUGGUUAAGAUUAAAUAUC